AUUGAUAAAAUUAACAUAAAAAAAUAAAAAUAAAUAACAUGACAAUUUGUGCGCAGAAAACAGCGGAAUUUACACGAUUUAAAUAAAUGGUUGAACUCCGUGAUUCAAUAUUAUAAUACCUCACACCACGGCAGUGUCACCGGACUAUGAUAGAGUUAUAAUAGGACGUAUUUACCACGUAGGUACCUAUACUACCGUCUACCAUUCAUGAAAAUAUUGAACAUCUAUCAGUGUUUAUAAUCAAUGGAACAACGGGCUACAGCGAUAACAGUCAUCGAGUCGAACGCGUAACUGGAUUUUUUUCAUAUCAAACUCGUUUUUCGAGAUUACCCGCGAAAAGGAUGCCAAUGAGUCGUGGCGUGUUUUAUUAAGUUGAUCAAACACGACACGGCAUAAUAUACGUAUUAGCGUUGGAUACAACCAACUGCGCCAGGCGAAUGAUUUACGAUUGUCGGGGCGUAGGCGGUAGCAGUAACCGAUUAGUAGUAAGACGACGCGACCGGGCCGCGAUUCGUGACGCAGUUGUUGUUAUGAUACAGUUUCAUCGUGUUGAUAAGCGAUAAGCCUCGACCCGACGUCGUCUGUGUACAAUACCGUCGUAACAAUAUUAGGUAGGAACAUUGUGGACGAGCAGACGGCACAGCAGCGCACAUCGGACGGUCUGUUUGUUUUUAUUGUACGCUGUGCCGAGUAAACACUGAAGUCUCGCAUUGCGAUAAGACGACGACCGAGCUUAGAGGUUUCGUAUAAAAGGCAUUUGACGAAGAUGAGAUCUCGUCUAAAACCGUAGUACGAUCCACCGUCACUGAGUUUCGCCCGUCCGUUCGACCGAAAAAUCGCGAAAUCGGUUAGACUUCAUCACCACGCACGUACGUCGCCGCGUUUCGUCGUACACAAAUACAGACGAACGCCUAAAAUCGCAAACUAUCAUAUCGCCGUUAUUUUCCGAAGCCGUUUAGCAAUGGCCGGAAAUCCGUGGUUUAUCGUCGCGUACGUCUGUCUAACGUCGGCGGCGAUCUGCUGCUCAUUGUCGUUGUCGUCGCCACCGCCCAAAGUACGCGUCGAGUCCGGCGAACUUUCCGGUGGCGUAGACCACACGACCAUCACCGGCCGACCGAUUUACGCUUUCCUAGGCGUACCGUACGCCAGUCCGCCAGUCUACAAAAACCGUUUCAAGGAACCACAACCAGUAAAACCAUGGGUGGGCGUGUGGAACGCUACAAUACCCGGCAGUUCAUGUAUAGGACUAGACCAUGGAAAAUUUGAAGUAGUCGGAAGUGAAGAUUGCCUAUACCUCAAUGUUUAUACUCCAAAACUACCCCAAGAAGGGCUGAUAUCCGGUGGCCUGAUGAAUGUGAUCGUGUACAUCCACGGUGGAGCAUUCCAGUUUGGUUCAGGCUUCGGCUACGGGCCCCACUACCUUUUGGACAACGAAGAUUUCGUUUACGUAUCGAUCAACUACCGACUAGGACCUUUGGGAUUCGCGAGUACCGGCGAUGACGUAUUGCCAGGAAACAACGGCCUCAAGGAUCAGGUGGCCGCCCUUAAAUGGAUCCAGCGCAACAUCGCCGCAUUCGGUGGCAACCCCGGUUCAGUGACUAUCGCUGGCAUGUCAGCCGGCGGAGCUAGUGUCCAUUACCACGUCCUGUCACCCAUGUCGCAAGGUUUAUUUAAUCGAGGAAUUGCUGAAAGUGGAAGUGCUUUUUGUGGCUGGGCUAAUACAGAAAAAACUAUUCAAAAGACUAAGGAAUUAGCAGAGUUACUGGGAUGUCCUACAUACUACUCAAAGGACACCGUUAAAUGUCUUAGAUCAAGACCAGCAUUAGCUAUUACAAACGCUUUGAAAAAUUUCUUACCGUGGAAGUACAAUCCUUUUUCACCAUUUGGACCAACUGUUGAAACAAUCGGAACAGAACGAUUUUUAACAGACUUACCUGAAAACUUACCGGCUCAAGAUAUCCCACUGUUAUUGAGCUUUACUCAAGACGAUGGCCUCUAUCCAGCCGCUGAAUUGAUAACACUCGAAGAAACUCUGGUCGAUAUAGAAUCCAACUGGAACGAAAUACUACCAUUCGUACUAGACUACAAUAACACAAUAUCAGAUGAGUCUCUAAGAUCUGAAAUCGCCCAAAAAAUAAAAACAUUUUAUUUUGGAAAUAAUACAGUGUCUGCAAACACCAAAAAUGAAUUCGUUGAAAUGCUUUCAGACAGAUUAUUCAAAGAACCGGUGGCUAGAGCAGCCAGGCAUUUGGCUUCAAUAAAUACAUCGCCAGUAUACUUUUAUGAAUUUAGUUAUAGGGGUAAAUACUCACUUUCAGACAAAUAUUCCAAAACUGGACCUUGUCAAGAAUUAGGAGUAUCACACGGUGACGAUACAAUGUACGUUAUAAAAACCGGAUACGGAAAUCCACACGACAACGUUGAAGACGCAAAAUUAAUUCCAGUUAUGGUGAAUAUGUGGUCGUCAUUCGCUAAAACUGGAAUUCCGGAUGUAGGAAACUCUACAAUAUGGUCACCGGUGUCGAAAAAUCCUUCAGAUCCAUUAAAAUUGAUUAAGAUCACGCAGAACCAAACAUUAGAACCGCAAGAGUACUCAAAUCCCGGAAACCAUACAUUCUGGAGCACGUUGCCGCUAACCGAGUUUCAAGGCGUUAAUCUGCCAGAAAAAAUUAGUCACACCGAAUUAUAAGACAAUCAGAACAAAAUAUUUUCUUAAAGUAGUAAUAUUAUAUGAUUUUACAGCUUUUAUGUUUUAUAAUUAUAUAGGUUUACA